CGACUAAGUCGGCCGACUCUAAAAUGGGCUCUAUUGGGUCAUUGAUAGCAUUCGUAUUAUCGGAUUAUUGCAGUGCUAUCAUCUACAUACCGAAUUACGAGGUUGCUGUAUAAAUUACAAUCUGCUAUAAACUCUCAAUAAUUAGAAAGUUUAGGGAAGAGGACACAAAAGUUACAGUUGUAGUGUUGGAAAUAGUCUGUUCAAAUAGCCAGCCUCAGGAACCAAAAUGAUUUAGGUUAGGCAACCUUGCAUUCUAGAAGAACUUCCCUUCUACAAGCAUCACUUACAACUACAACUGAGCCUCCACAGCCCUAGCAUCAUGCAGCGCUAUAGAGAAGACGCCUCUGAUGGGAGCAAUGAUGAAGAAGACAUUCCUUUACACUACAAGCGGGCUUUCGGCGCGGGACUGAAGCGACAAAGGGUCGAAUUUGUUCCCGCCCAAGAUCCUGAUGCUGGAACUACAACCACAAUAACACCAGCCAAGUCAACAGACACUUCCAUUGGCGAUUUAUAUGCUAGCAUCGUUCUAAAACCUGCCGAAGACAAAGAUACCAAAGCCUCAGAAGAAGAGCCAGAGGAAAUAUGUCCAGACUGCAAACUCCCCAUCUCAUCCACUUCACAGCCUCACGAAGCAUCCUUCGCUCACCAAGUCUCACUCGCACAUUCACACCCCCCAUCAGCACUUGAUCGCUCGCGCAUGGGCCUCAAAGCCCUAAAAUCUCAAGGCUGGGACCCUGAUGCCCGACGAGGUCUAGGAAGAGAGGGCGAGGGAAUGCGAUAUCCUAUCAAAGUGGUGGCAAAAGAAGAUACCCUUGGAAUUGGAGCGACGAUACCGAAAGAGAUCCGAGAAAAGAAAAAGGAAGAGAAGCCCAAGCCAUUAAACAGAAAGGAAGCGAAGCAGCUGGCGGCUAAGGAACGACAACGGCAUGAGAGACUACAGGGCGAGAUUUAUGGGAGAGUUGAUGUGGAAAGCUAUCUAAGAGGGAAAGGCGAUGAUGGAUGAUGAUAGAGAGACAACGGGAAAAGACGAACAAAGAUAACUCGAGGCACCGACUGCAUUGUAUCCUGUCUUCGAUAUCACAGGCCAUCACGCGGUUAAAGAGAUGCCUAUUCUAGGACUUGCUCAAGGACUCACCGCCGGAUCAGAAGAUUCGCCCAGAAGAACAACACUUGGCAACUCGGCUAUACUGCAGCCAUCACAGCUGGACAUUUCGGCUCAGAGUAUCACAAUGCCAACGCGAUUAGUUCUGAUUUCGAGAGCUAUUUCCAGUCAACUGAGCUUAAGCACUGAGGUAUAUCAAGAGUUUCAGAAUGCACCAAGUGUUUCAUGUUGCAUAAACGAAACAGUGAUAAACAUACGGAUAUGUAUAUAUCGAGAUCAUCAGCAGAAUAUCCACAAGUUCUAUUCUGCAUAAAAAGUCAAGAAAUGUAGUCGAAAUAUACUCAAAAUUCAAGCAUC